GCUCACAAUAGCCUCUACUAUGCACUUCAACUCUCACGCUCUGUAUUUCAAUGAAUUUACCAAUGUUAAAGCUGUUUCCUCAUGAUCUAAUUUGGUUUGGCUCGGAAUGGAUGGGGCAAAUUGUCAAUUUCAGAAGGCCCCUUUGUUCAUGGAUCAUUGUCGAGAAACUUUUGGAAAAUACAGAAUGCUAUAUGAAAAAGGAUUUUGAAAUAAGCAAAUUCUACUCGGAAUCUUGCGGCAUCUUCGUCUGCGAAGAUACCAACACGUCGAUUCGGGCUUUCAUGAAAAUCCGGAUGCAAACCCCAUACUAUGAAGCUAGGGAUUAUCACUCGCAUGAGAGGGCUCAACAAGCAGUGGGGAAAAUGUGUGGCCGAACUGAAUCUGAAGCGGAAGCCCUCGAGACCCUGACUAUGAGAACGUGCCCGUCUACUCCUACUCUAAUAGCCUGGAAACAUGAAAUCCAAUGCCAAGAUGGUUGGGUCCCUGGUAGCUUUGUGGAUUAUAUUGUGAUGGAGAGACUCAAAGGGAUAACACUUUCCUCGGAAAUGAUUUAUCGCCUAACUGCUGAACGAAAGCAAAGUCUGCGACUAGCAUUCAAGGAAGCAUACGAGAAUUGCCUGAAAUGUGGCGUUGUACACCUGGACAAAGCUGCCCGAAAUCUCAUUUGGGAUGAAGGGAACGCGCGAUGCUACCUCAUUGACUGGGAAACCUGGCGACGGCAAAGGCAAGGUGAGGAGUGGAAUGAUGGCCAAUAUCGAUUCUGGGGAUUGGAUUAGUUUGUUCCAGUAACAUGAGAAUUGAUUAGAGUACUGGUCUUUUGCUUGUAAGAUCGUUAAUCGGUCACCCACGGCACCUUACCUUGUGUAGACCAUGUUUAGACGAUGCUAUGUACUUAAACGAGUUGAUCAUUAGGGUAACCCCCCGCGGAUGGGAUCGUCAUGCUGCCGCUCAGCACCAUAUGAGGGCAUGUUCUUUUGGUCGGCUGGUUUGCCGUCAUAAUCUUUGUUUAGGGUUGGAGGUAUA